AAUCAACAAAAAAGGCAAAGAUCAAAAAUUUACAAUUUAACAAAAGUUAACGUUUGUGGCAGAGAGGUUACACAUCGAUGGCAACAUCUUUGCUUCUCAGACAUUCCUCAGCUGUCUUCUUCUCUCAGUCUUCCUUCUUCACCAAGAACAAAUCUUUUCGCUCCUUUACUUCCAUCAAAAUGGAAAAAGGUGAAGCAGAGAAUGCAGUGAAGACAAAGAAGGUGUUUGUCGCAGGAGCAACUGGACAAACCGGGAAGAGGAUUGUGGAGCAGUUGUUGUCCCGUGGCUUUGCCGUCAAAGCUGGUGUUCGUGAUGUAGAGAAAGCAAAAACAUCUUUCAAAGACGACCCGUCUCUUCAGAUAGUUAGAGCAGACGUGACAGAAGGUCCUGAUAAGCUAGCUGAAGUUAUAGGUGAUGAUUCUCAAGCUGUGAUUUGUGCUACUGGGUUUCGUCCCGGAUUUGAUAUAUUCACUCCUUGGAAAGUCGAUAAUUUCGGGACAGUGAAUCUUGUGGAUGCUUGCCGUAAACAAGGAGUGGAAAAGUUUGUUCUUGUAAGCUCCAUCUUGGUGAAUGGAGCUGCCAUGGGACAGAUACUGAACCCUGCUUACCUCUUCCUCAACCUCUUUGGACUAACUCUUGUCGCUAAGCUUCAAGCCGAGAAGUAUAUCAAAAAAUCUGGCAUCAACUAUACUAUAGUAAGGCCUGGUGGUCUUAAAAACGAUCCUCCAACUGGAAAUGUUGUCAUGGAGCCAGAGGAUACUCUAUAUGAAGGGAGUAUAUCGAGAGACCUGGUCGCAGAAGUUGCAGUGGAAGCUUUACUUCAAGAGGAAUCAUCUUUCAAGGUUGUGGAGAUAGUUGCUCGUGCCGAAGCUCCAAAACGUUCCUACAAAGAUCUAUUUGCCUCUGUUAAAGGACAAUAAACUAGAAUGUAAUGAGUCUCAUGCUCAAACCUUUUAUUUCUCUUAUGUCUUGAGUACAACAAACAGAUUACAUAGACUUUUGCGCAUAAAUUGAGUUCAAGAUAAGUAUUGAAAGAGUUCCAUUCAGUUUCAUAUCUUAUCCAUUUUGGGUCUUAAGAACCCCAUCAUCACUGGCGCUUCUUCCCGGUCGCAUGUUCCCAUGAGUGCAUGACAUGGUUCACGAUUU